UACGCCUGCUGAUCUUUUCAUUAGGCCCUGUCCACCCUUUCUCUCCCCCCUCCGGCUCCGCCAACGCCGCCGUCGGCCAACGCCGAGUCAGGGGGACCGCCAUCGCCUCCGCCGCGAAGCGUGCUUCCGUGCACAAGCUCUCCAAGGAGGAGUUCUGGGCCUUGGCUGAGAAGAUCCGGUCGACGGACGCGGCGGCGGCCGUGGAAAUGCGCGAGUCGUAUGUCGCCACAGAUGGAUGAGGGGCAGGUUGAUAGGUGGGCUCUUUGGCAGUACUAACAAAGUCCGUCAUAUACUCGUACUUCGGACAUUGGAUUGUGGAGGAAAAGAGUUCCAUGCGAUGCCAUGCCAUGGUUUAGCAGUUGGGCUGUGGACGGCGAUCACAGCUCACAAGACUCUUUGCAGGCUGAAGACUUGUCUUCUGAAGUCAGGAACAGAGAAACCGAGAGAAGCCCGAUCUGGAGAUCGUCGGAAUCAAGAGAAUCAUUCGCGGUAUACCAGCUAUUCCUCUUGGAGCGCGUAGUCUGUUGUGCAACGCGGGAAACUGUCGGGUCAAUAGAAACACCAUCGCCAUUUCGGUCUCCCCUGGGGAUGGGUCCAAAGGAGCGGGAGCCUUCCUCUUGCGCACCCGAGGUUUCGACUUUGAAGAACCAGCUGAUGCAGAAGGUGGUUCCUCUGCAGAUGCAGGCGGGGCAGUAUGUAAAGAACAGGCUGCGGCAUUACCAAGAGCACGAUCAGCUGCUCCGCCUUCAAUCUGAACUGUGGGUGCCAUGCCCAUCGUUUCAGGGGGCGCCAAAGCAAGCGUGAUACUGAAGGUGAUGCCCUGAGCCUGAGCGAGAGGACCCUCAAAACUGUAGGUUGCAUUGUUCAGGCUGUCCUGGAUAGUAAGCCUGCGAAACUUAACGUCCAUACCUUCAUAGCAGAGCCCCUAAAAAGUGUGGAAUGAAAUUGCAACAUAUUUGUCUGCCAAGUCAAAUUACUAUGUGAA